GGAAUCUGAUUUUAAAUAAAAAAAAAAACAGGAAAGUUACAAAGAGCCUGGGAGAGUGUCCCACCCAGUACUGGCAAACCAGUGUUCCCAGGAUGCUGUCACACUCCCACAUGCUGAAUGAAUGGUCAGCCCAGGACUGGCACAUGAUCACUAAGUUUAGUAUUCAUUUUUAUAUAGACACUUUCUGGGUUAUGAUGGUCCAUGUCACAAUACUUCGACUGUACGAUGGGUAAAUGUUUUUCACUUUCAGUACGUUAUUCAAUAAAUUACAUGAGAUUCAACCUUUUUUAAAACGUAAAUAAGGCUUUGUGUUAUUGAUUCUGUUCAUCUGUAAGCUAAUGUAAGUGUUCUAAGAAUGUUUAAGGUUGGCUAUAGGUUAGGCUACGAUGUUUCUUAGAUGUACUGUAUUAAAAUGCAUUUUAACCUUAUGAUAUUUUCGCAUUACAAUAGGUCUGUCGGAAUGUAACCCCAUCAUAAUCUGGGGAGGGGCUGUGCUGUAGAGCAGGGUUCCCCAAUUUCAAUCCUGGAGGGCUAGUCUGCAACACAGUUUACAGAUUUCCCUGCUCAAACACCUUAUUCAGCUCAACAACUAAUUACCAGGUUUAAAAUAUUUGUUUGAGCAGGGAAUUCAGCAAAUUGUAUUGCAGAGUAGCCCUCCAGGAUCAGAACUGGGGAACCUGGCUGUAGUACCUUCCACCCAAAGUGCUUUACAACUGAUCCAGAAAUGGCAAGGUUAUCAAAAUGCGUAAAGGUGAUGAUACACAGGGCAACAGGCAACCAGGUGAGACACAGGUCAGCUAAUGAAAGCAAUGGACGGUUGGCAAUAACCAAUCUGAGACAAGCGAAUGUAUUGCCAGGGAGACUGGCAUGAAGGAUGCUGAAGCUCUAAGUCGGUCACAUGAUUGGCUACUAGCAUUCUGAUUGGAAGAUCUCAAAAAGUUGCCCACUGAGAUCCAAAUCGUCCAAAAAGGAAUUUUAUAUUUAUUCACAAUGAGAAAGUGACACAUUGCUCAAAAAGUUGUCCCAUACACAGGGUUGCUCAUUGCAAUCAGCUGGCUGGCAGGAGAUUUUCAAUUCGAGAUAAGUCUGCACACACAUUUACGUUCAGUUUUAUUACCUUGUAAAUUCUGAAGUGUCUGCAAACUACCCCAACGCUUUUGAUGUAGCCAAUUUUAAGUUUAUAAUGGAAUACAGAUUUGCCGCAAGAUUUCCUGCGUAAGCGUGUCACGCCAGAUUCGUGAGUUUGCAGCUCAGCAUGUAUAAUCAUCUUCAGACAACAAACAAUUAAGGCAGUGCUCUGCACAGGCAGGUGCUUGUAGAAAAGGUGGGGGUCUCCCUCGUUAAAUUUUGUCUACUGGAGGGAUCAUUGAUUUUGCGUUGUCAUCGUUAUCGAAACUUGGCACUUCCAGCACCUCCGCUGACUUGCCCAUGGCGGCACCCCCUUUGUUUCCGGGUCACUCUUUUUAAACCGGCGCAGAAGACUUUGGAUAUUUACCCCGCGGUAUACUUUCGGAUUUAACUGUUCUUUUCGCUCCGUAUUUUAAUUUCGGUCGUCCUCCCCUAUCGACUACGAAAACUACCCUACCAGCACAGUCGACAUGGCCUUGGUUUCUGCCGCCCUUGUUUUGCAGACUAAUCGGACUUUUUCUGCCGGCCUCCGAAGUGGCCUUUCCCGCGGCUUUGGCCCGGUUCAGUCUCUGUCGGCAUUUUGCUCCGCUUCUUCACAGACUGUGGUUUCGGAGAAGAGGGGCUCGGUGGUCACCAUCGGAAUCAAUCGACCAGAAGCGCGCAAUGCGGUGAACCAGGAAACGGCACAGCGCCUUCUGGAGGAGUUCACCGCCUUUGAUGGCAACCCUGACCUCACGGUGGCAGUACUCCAUGGCAUUGGAGGGAACUUCUGUGCUGGUUAUGAUCUGAAGGAACUUGCCCAUCAGUCUGCAUCCCUCAAAUUGGAACAAGAUGUCACCAAAGGUCCUGGGCCGAUGGGUCCCUCCCGCCUGCUGCUCUCCAAGCCGCUGCUAGCGGCUGUCAGCGGCUACGCUGUUGCUGGGGGUCUCGAGCUGGCGCUCUGCGCUGACAUCAGAGUGGUGGAGCAGAGUGCCGUGAUGGGCGUUUUCUGCCGGCGUUUCGGUGUCCCACUGAUUGAUGGGGGCACAGUAAGACUCCCCUGCCUCAUUGGUCUGUCUCGGGCUCUGGACCUGAUCCUAACUGGCCGACCGAUUGGUGCAGAAGAAGCACUGGCCUUUGGGUUAGCCAAUCGCGUCGUUCCAGAUGGGCAAGCCCUACAGGCUACCCUGGAGCUGGCACAGCAGCUCAGCAGCUUCCCCCAGCAGUGUCUCCGAGCCGACCGCGCCUCGGCGUACCACAGUGCCUUGGAGGCGCCCUCCUUCCGGGAGGCCAUGCAGUACGAGUUUGACCACAGUGUGGCGAUUCUCCAGCUAGAGAGCGUGGCAGGGGCUGCCAGGUUCAGCGCAGGGACUGGGCGAGGAGGGGCCUUCCCAUCCAGCAGCACGCAUGAUGACACGCGUGCAAAAUGACUGCUCUCCUCAUCAGAGCUGCUCCUCUGUCUGCUGCGGGACAAUGACGUCCGGAAGCUUGUAGGGGGUUUGCAGGAUACCAUCAUAUACCGCUUCAUUUUCACACACAAGACAUCUGUUGUACAGCAGAAGAAGAAUGAAUAAAUCCCACAACUUCAAUCAGCCGAAGCUUAAAACAAAUCUGCACCCGGACACAUAAACACGGAUCAGAAUAUACACCUGGUGCCCAUUUGUAAAGCCCGGUUUAUUGUGAACCUCAUAUCAAAGCACUAUGGCGUACUGAGAGUAACUGGAAAACAGUGAUGCACAACAAUAACAUCAAAAGCACCAGUAGAGGGCUGUGCCAACCGGACGUCAGUGUAAAUCUUAUCACCUGAAGCAAGGGACUGAAGAUCUUUGCUCUAGACUCAUGAGUGUCUCUCAUCUUCAGAAAUGAAAUGAUGAGACUGCUUUGAGCAUUUGCACGCAUUGCACAGUAUGAAUGCUGAAGGUAUGCGACAGAUUAACAGUGUGCAGCACGUGCUUCAAAGACAUGCUUGUGCUGCGACAUGGGGGAUGGGCUGGAGGAAGUGGGAGCCAUGGGCCCACCAAGCGAAUGGACACUGCUACAGCCUGUCAGUGGCUCUGCUGAAUGGGGGCAGGAACAAAUCCCAGCUUUCCUCACUCUCUCUGAUACUGCCUGGCUUUGCAGGCACACGUCCUUCAUUUGAUGCCUAAUCAGAACAUAUUACUACUAGUUCAUGCUCCUGUUUCACCCUGUUUUUUUUUUUUAAAUCUACAUUUUGUACUUUAUAGUAAAUGGGGCUGUGCUUUAGUGUGUUCCCUCCUCUAGUGUGCUUGUAAUCAGUGGGAGGGGGGGGGGACAACUCUGCACCCCCUAAUCAGCCCUCCAUGGUGUGGGCCACCUGCAGGGAACGCCAAUCUCCCUUAUCUACCCUGUCUGCUUGCGGCUCCCAUCUGUGCCCAGACGUCUCCUGCGGGUGGGGGGGGGGGGGGACACUGAUCUCCUGAUGUGGACAGCAGGGCCCCCCACCCCCUCCCCAGUCAUUUACUGUGUUUGAAGUUCGGACAUGGUGUCACUGAGCAGAGCUUCCGUAACACCUCUGCUGACCUGGGACCAUCAGAAGUUGCAUUAGGAGAUCACUCACACUUUAAUCGUCAAAAGGGCAGAUUAUGCUAUGAAUAUUGAGAUUGUGCAAUUGAUCAAGCCUUAAACCAGGCUGGGAGCCUCCCAUGAGGAAAGUCUUUCAGCUUGCUUUUAAGCAUCAUUUGCUGCCAUCUUAGCCAGGACUUCCUGAAAGAAGAGAUAUUGUAUCUCAGUGGAACCUUCCUGGUAAAAUAAAGGAUAAAUAAAACGUGUGUUGGAUACCGCUUAACAAGGCAGCAGUUUUACAAACUUUACUUCCAAAUGCUUUGCUCAAGGGCUUCUUACUUGGCACUGCUCUGUUUCCUGGGAAAUAACCCCUCUGCUGAAAACAAGGAACAGAAUUGACUGUGGUUGAUAAAAGCAAAUUCAGAAAGUGUAUGUUCAUUUGUUAACUGCUGAAUUCUAUGCGUUUUUGUUGCUCUGCAAUUCCAUAGUAGUUUGAUGCUGCAGCGACUUGGGCUCCCCCUGUGCCUGGAUCCUGGCCAGCCUGAGGGAUAGCAUCUACGUAGGGCUUUGAUGUUGUGGUUUACACUUCUGCCAGAUAAGAUUGCCGGCAGAGUGAUAAGAGAACUCCCUCUAUCGAGUGAUCAGGGACUGGCAGACACAACAUGAGACUCCCGGAGGAGACGGGGAGGAAGGAGCGGCAGGGAGACUCUCUGUUCCCUUUCAGGGUGGGAGAUCUAAUUGAGAUUUAUGUCAAAUGUACCAGUUUACCUUCAAAUGUCUUGAUGUUGUUAAUGAACACCUCAAUGUCCUCUGAAAAUUUGUUUUUAUUGGACUAAUGCAUUUGUAUGGUCAUAAUCAUGGGUUUGAGAUUUGGCUCAAUAAAUAAGCAUGAAUUAU